CUACUGCUCCCUCUGCGCCAUAAAGCGUAAGCUGUCCGUGUCCUUGGCAGAGUAGAUGAUGGCGUUUCAACCUACGCGUUCAACACGCACACGGCCAAGAACUCGCUGUGCACGUGUGCGGCAUCCCAUCGUUCGUCUGUCGUACUAGAGUAGGCGUCACCGUCGCGUGCCUUGAACCCGGGACAUGGACGCAAGUGGAUCUUCAACCCCAUGAUGGCGUCCGCUGCCGAAGUCGAAGCAGCAUACAAGAGCGUCGAGGACGCUUCGUCCAGACCUGGCCUUGAUACAGCUCGGUGUCCCGGCAGAGUUGCCAUGGACGGUCACCCGCACCAACACUAUCUCGCUGUCGACACACGGAAAACGCCCCUGGGCAGGCCCCACGCGCCAUCUCAUCCCUGUAGACAACAUACUGCCGCUCACACCACGGCGCACGAGCAAGUGCCAGUCGCACCACGAUACCGAACGGUCGCCAUACAAGGUGGUUCACACAUCCAAAGUACGGUUGGCGCUCGCGCGGGCAGUACCUCCUCUUCGCCGCGAGCCAGCAAAGCCAAACAAGCAAGGUCUUUCGCGCGUGAUACUUCCGUGCGUGAGGAUUUCAUUCCCCUUUGUAUCUCAUGUUCUUAAGAUGAUGUCCGACGCCACGCGGCCCGUGAACAGGCCCGCCC